AUGUGGUUCGUGUACGUGUGUGAUGAGGGAGAGAAGGAACUGGGUAGGAAACAAGCCCCAGGAUCAUGUCCUUAUUGUGGAGGCAAGGUUGAAGCCAUGGAUGUUGAGAUCCAGUGGAGGUUUUGCUUCUUGCCCAUGUGCUUCAAGAUCAAAAGGAAGUAUUCUUGUACUUUAUGUAACAAACGUUUAGAAUUGUAUUAUUAG